AUGGUGAAAAUGCCGUCGACCCUAUCUGAUUUGUUUCCGUUAGCCAAGUGCUCGGUUGCAAGUGCUGUGGAACUCACGCUGCUCAUUGGCGCAGUCGCUGCCUCCACGUAUUUAGCUGUGGCGAAUUCAGUCUGGAGAGUUUACUGCGGAUUAACUUUGGUGUUGUUUGCUGUGUAUUGCCUGCGGUUGUGGCGCUUACUUCCCGGUGAGAAAGAAUAUUUGGAAAUGGAAGCACACAAACUGGCGGAUCAUAUGAUGGUGAAGCAGCGCGAGGCGACCGCUACGCAGCAAACACUCGUAGGGCAGAGAGGACACGCAACAAAUCCCGCACAAACCCCAGCACUUCAACACUCUCACUUUCAAGGUGUAAAUCCCAUAUUAGGGUCUCAUCAAUUGCAGCAAUUGGCGAGCUCUUUAGCACUUUCGCAGUCUCAGCAGUUCAUGAGUUCUAUGAUGCUUCCGCACCAUCAGCAACUUAUGAGCUCUGUUGCUUUACCACCGCUUCAAAUUUCCAACUCAUUACCCAUACCUUUACCAUUGCAACAGCUUGCAAACUCCAUGGCACUUUCCCAAAUGCACCAACCACAGUUUCAUGCGGGGAAUCAUAUGGUAGCACCUCAACAACAUCAACGGGAAUUAAUAACACCACGCAUUACGGUUGCGUCUCCACUACCAACACCAUCGGUGCUGAGACAAUUCCCGCCGACGGCAUUGCGUGAAAACGAUGGAGAAGAGCCGCCGCAGAAGUGCCAGAUGCCGUAUGGUGAUGGGCACCUCGGUUAA